GCGACCGUGCCCGGGGGCGGAGGGGAGCGGAGUUUGCGGGCGAGAAGGAAGUUCAGCUCCGUGGAGAAGACUGGCAUUUCAGGACGCCCUGAAGCCACCGGCUGGGCCCUCGGGGCGCAGUGAACUUCACGGUAGCCUCGCAAGCCGGGAGGAGGCGUGCGCGUGGACGAUGCCGGGCAUCGCUCCCGGUUCCUGAAAGUCAGCCCCGCUCCCCGACGCCCCGCUCCUCAGCCAGCUGCUCCGGAGAGCUCGGGGGCAGCGCACGUGUGCGGACGGGGAGUGACCGCGCCGUGACCCGCCCAGGGGCCAGGGCGUCGGCCGCCGCGCGGUCCUGAUUCGGACGCACCUGGCUGGGACCUUGCGCUUGUUUCAGAGACUUGCCCGGGAGCGCGGGGCUCCCCCCCCUCCCCCCCCAGCGAUCGUCUCUUCGCCUCCCCUCCAGCCUGGGCUACUUGGGGGCGCCCCCGGACGACCAUGAGAGAUAAGGACUGAGGGCCAGGAAGGGGAAGAGAGCCCGCUGAGAGGUGGCGGGGGCGGAUCACACCCAGGGCCACCGCGGCCUCGCUCCGCAGCGCGACGCCCCGCGGUCCCCGCGGGGGUAGCCCGGCCGGGCUGGGAUGCCGGGGCUGGGGCGGAGGGCGCAGUGGCUGUGCUGGUGGUGGGGGCUGCUGUGCAGCUGCUGCGGGCCCCCGCCACUUUGGCCGUCCGUGCCCGCGGCGGCCGCCGCCACCGCCGGGGGACAGCUGCUGGUGGACGGCGGGAGCCCGACCCGUGCCGAGCCGCCGCCGCCGCAGUCCUCGUCCUCGGGCUUCCUGUACCGGCGCCUCAAGACGCACGAGAAGCGGGAGAUGCAGAAGGAGAUCUUGUCGGUGCUGGGGCUCCCGCACAGGCCCCGGCCCCUGCACGGCCUCCAGCCAGCGCACCCCCCAGCCCUCGCGCAGCGGCUGGCGGAGGAGCCCCCUCCGGGGCGGCUGAAGUCUGCGCCCCUCUUCAUGCUGGAUCUGUAUAACGCCCUGGCCACCGACGACGACGAGGAGGACGGGGCAUCGGAGGGGAACGCGCGUCAGCCUGGGCUGCACCGAGGGGCCAGCUCGCCCCAGCUGCGGCCGCCGUCUCCUGGCGCAGGACACCCGUUCCACCGCAAGAGCCUCCUGGCCGCGGGCCCUGGCGGGGGCGACGGCACAACUCCACUGACCAGCGCGCAGGACAGCGCCUUCCUCAACGACGCGGACAUGGUCAUGAGUUUCGUGAACCUGGUGGAGUACGACAAGGAGUUCUCCCCUCGCCAGCGACACCACAAAGAGUUCAAGUUCAACUUAUCCCAGAUUCCUGAGGGUGAGGCGGUGACGGCUGCAGAAUUCCGCAUCUACAAGGACUGUGUUGUGGGCAGUUUUAAAAACCAAACUUUUCUUAUCAGCAUUUAUCAAGUCUUACAGGAGCAUCAGCACAGAGACUCGGACCUAUUUUUGUUGGACACUCGAGUUGUGUGGGCCUCGGAAGAAGGCUGGCUGGAAUUUGACAUCACAGCCACUAGCAACCUGUGGGUGGUGACCCCGCAGCACAACAUGGGGCUGCAGCUGAGUGUGGUGACACGGGAUGGGCUCCACAUCAACCCCCGUGUGGCAGGCCUGGUGGGCAGAGACGGCCCUUAUGACAAGCAGCCCUUCAUGGUGGCCUUCUUCAAAGUGAGUGAGGUCCACGUGCGCACCACCAGAUCCGCCUCCAGUCGGCGCCGACAACAGAGUCGAGAUCGCUCCACUCACGCCCAAGACGUGUCCCGGGUCUCCAGCGCUUCAGAUUACAACAGCAGUGAACUGAAAACGGCCUGCAGGAAGCAUGAGCUUUAUGUGAGUUUCCAAGACCUAGGAUGGCAGGACUGGAUCAUCGCACCGAAGGGCUACGCUGCCAACUACUGUGACGGGGAGUGCUCCUUCCCGCUCAACGCCCACAUGAACGCCACCAACCACGCCAUCGUGCAGACCCUGGUUCACCUUAUGAAUCCUGAGUAUGUCCCCAAACCGUGCUGCGCACCAACCAAACUGAACGCCAUCUCAGUUCUUUACUUUGAUGACAACUCCAAUGUCAUCCUGAAAAAAUACAGGAAUAUGGUCGUAAGAGCUUGUGGAUGCCAUUAAGUAGAAGCGUCACUGGGGACACCUGUUCCACUCGGAUUCCUGUACUCACCUGCCUUACCAGCCAUACAAGCACAGUGGAAAUGGGACAGAGGCCAAAACCACCUCCCGCCGGUGCCUUAUUGCCCAAUGAAGAUUUUUAGAUCUCAUUAAUGAAAUCCUUUUCACUAGGUAAAAAAGAUCUCAUUAAUGAGAUCCUUUUCACUAGGUAAAAAACUGCGAGUGAGUAGUUACGUGUCUGUAAGAAACUGAGUUUGGACAUUUGCAGUAUGAGGUCUCAGUAAUGCACAAAUAGUGAAUGCCACCACCACUCCCAAAUUAGUUUUAGCUUUAAUUUAGAUCAAGCUAUUCAUAGUAUUAAUGAUCUUGAAGGGUGGACUUGUCACAGAGGAGGGGGUGGUGUUCCUGUUCAUAGAUCUCAUGCCAGGAAGGAUAGUUUCACACAGCCUGGACUGUAAGCAGGCUCUAGAAGUGCCUUUUUGUCUAUCUGUGGCUACAUUUGUGCUGGAGUUGUAUUAGUAUAAAAUAGCAUAAAACUAUUCAGUCCAAACAACCCAUGUCCACACCUCCCCCUUCCCACAGUUGUAUUGUUAGGACCCAAAGUGGCACAGUUGCUGGGGAAGGAGAUGGGGGAAGGCAGUGGCCUUCAGUUUACCAGGUAGUGUGAAAAGCAGUGCUACACCUCUUCAUGGGACUGGCUCUGAGAAGCACCCAGUCUAGUUCACUCACACAGCCUUCUGCCUCUUAGUGUACAGUAGCUACCCACGCUGCAGGGUUACCAGUGGGGAAAGGGCACCCUGCCUCCACAAGGGCUAAAGCCACGCGUGUGCUGUUUAUGAACCAGAAUCACAAUGUCUCUUGUAGAAAGCAAGGCUCAGAUGAAAUCUUUAGAAUAUUUUUUAAAAGUCUUUCUCACAAUCAUGUACUGGGAAACCAAUUUCAUACUAAACUGAUUAAAUACGUUUAUAAUCUA